AAAUGACAAAGGCAUGACUUUGAAAACAAAAAUGGUUUGAGAAGCCAUCUACAGACAUGAUCUGGGUCAGACUUGAUUUGCAGCUUACUCAGUUUUAGAAUCGGUUGUCAGUUUUGUAAACAGAAGACUGCUGGAUGAAUUGAACAGAAGGGUGAGAUUAGCAUAUUAAUAAGUUACUGGCUACUGGCCUGCUUUUUCUCCUCCCUCUUUUCCCUCCCUCUUUCUCCUUCCUGAAUGAAUCUAGGAACACAGAGCCAUGGGGUCACAUUACUAGCUGGUUUCAUUCUGUUCAGUAGCUUGAUCUAGCCAGGAUGGUCUGUGUUUCAGAUUGCGGAAGCAUGAGAAGAUUCUGUAACUGAGAGGCAUUCUCCAAGCUGCUGGAAAAUAUUACAGAAGGAACACCUUCCAAAUUUUGCUUCAAGCUCUGAAAAAAGGAGCACACAGGGGAACCUUAGUCUUGCUUGUGGAUCGAAGCAAAUACUCUCACAGCGAGGAACUGGGACUUUGUGUGCAGACUCGUGGCUUGAUCUUUAUAGGAUUGGGUGUAUGUUGUUGGAACUGGCAGGCCAAGAGGCCCUGAAACCAGCAGGUGCCAUCUAUAUGGAGAAAAGCGGAUGUAGUCCAUUUCCAGUGUGUUGGGCUAAAGAAUAUGACAGAUACCUAGCAUCUAGCAAAAUAAUGGCAGCUGCUUACCUUGACCCCAACUUGAAUCACACGCCAAAUUCGAGUACUAAGACUCACCUGGGUACUGGUAUGGAACGUUCUCCUGGUGCAAUGGAGCGAGUAUUAAAGGUCUUUCAUUAUUUUGAAAGCAAUAGUGAGCCAACCACCUGGGCCAGUAUUAUCAGGCAUGGAGAUGCUACUGAUGUCAGGGGCAUCAUUCAGAAGAUAGUGGACAGUCACAAAGUAAAGCAUGUGGCCUGCUAUGGAUUCCGCCUCAGUCACCUGCGGUCAGAGGAGGUUCACUGGCUUCACGUGGAUAUGGGCGUCUCCAGUGUGAGGGAGAAGUAUGAGCUUGCUCACCCACCAGAGGAGUGGAAAUAUGAAUUGAGAAUUCGUUAUUUGCCAAAAGGAUUUCUAAACCAGUUUACUGAAGAUAAGCCAACUUUGAAUUUCUUCUAUCAACAGGUGAAGAGCGAUUAUAUGUUAGAGAUAGCUGAUCAAGUGGACCAGGAAAUUGCUUUGAAGUUGGGUUGUCUAGAAAUACGGCGAUCAUACUGGGAGAUGCGGGGCAAUGCACUAGAAAAGAAGUCUAACUAUGAAGUAUUAGAAAAAGAUGUUGGUUUAAAGCGAUUUUUUCCUAAGAGUUUACUGGAUUCUGUCAAGGCCAAAACACUAAGAAAACUGAUCCAACAAACAUUUAGACAAUUCGCCAACCUUAAUAGAGAAGAAAGUAUUCUGAAAUUCUUUGAGAUCCUGUCUCCAGUCUACAGAUUUGAUAAGGAAUGCUUCAAGUGUGCUCUUGGUUCAAGCUGGAUUAUUUCAGUGGAACUGGCAAUCGGCCCAGAAGAAGGGAUCAGUUACCUAACGGACAAGGGCUGCAAUCCCACACAUCUUGCUGACUUCACUCAAGUGCAAACCAUUCAGUAUUCAAACAGUGAAGACAAGGACAGAAAAGGAAUGCUACAACUAAAAAUAGCAGGUGCACCCGAGCCUCUGACAGUGACGGCACCAUCCCUAACCAUUGCGGAGAAUAUGGCUGACCUAAUAGAUGGGUACUGCCGGCUGGUGAAUGGAGCCUCGCAGUCAUUUAUCAUCAGACCCCAGAAAGAAGGUGAACGGGCUUUGCCAUCAAUACCAAAGUUGGCCAACAGCGAAAAGCAAGGCAUGCGGACACACGCCGUCUCUGUGUCAGGAGUCAGUCACUGCCAACAUAAAGUUAAGAAAGCUAGGCGCUUUCUCCCUUUGGUCUUCUGUUCCCAUGAUCCUCCUUCUACGGAUGAAAUUAGUGGGGACGAAACAGAUGAUUAUGCUGAGAUUAUAGAUGAAGAAGAUACUUACACCAUGCCCUCAAAAAGCUAUGGAAUAGAUGAAGCCAGGGAUUAUGAGAUUCAAAGAGAAAGAAUAGAACUCGGACGAUGUAUUGGAGAAGGCCAAUUUGGAGAUGUACAUCAAGGCAUUUAUAUGAGUCCAGAGAAUCCAGCUUUGGCGGUUGCAAUUAAAACAUGUAAAAACUGUACUUCGGACAGCGUGAGAGAGAAAUUUCUUCAAGAAGCCUUAACAAUGCGUCAGUUUGACCAUCCUCAUAUUGUGAAGCUGAUUGGAGUCAUCACAGAGAAUCCUGUCUGGAUAAUCAUGGAGCUGUGCACACUUGGAGAGCUGAGGUCAUUUUUGCAAGUAAGGAAAUACAGUUUGGAUCUAGCAUCUUUGAUCCUGUAUGCCUAUCAGCUUAGUACAGCUCUUGCAUAUCUAGAGAGCAAAAGAUUUGUACACAGGGACAUUGCUGCUCGGAAUGUUCUGGUGUCCUCAAAUGAUUGUGUAAAAUUAGGAGACUUUGGAUUAUCCCGAUAUAUGGAAGAUAGUACUUACUACAAAGCUUCCAAAGGAAAAUUGCCUAUUAAAUGGAUGGCUCCAGAGUCAAUCAAUUUUCGACGUUUUACCUCAGCUAGUGACGUAUGGAUGUUUGGUGUGUGUAUGUGGGAGAUACUGAUGCAUGGUGUGAAGCCUUUUCAAGGAGUGAAGAACAAUGAUGUAAUCGGUCGAAUUGAAAAUGGGGAAAGAUUACCAAUGCCUCCAAAUUGUCCUCCUACCCUCUACAGCCUUAUGACGAAAUGCUGGGCCUAUGACCCCAGCAGGCGGCCCAGGUUUACUGAACUUAAAGCUCAGCUCAGCACAAUCCUGGAGGAAGAGAAGGCUCAGCAAGAAGAGCGCAUGAGGAUGGAGUCCAGAAGACAGGCCACAGUGUCCUGGGACUCCGGAGGGUCUGAUGAAGCACCGCCUAAGCCCAGCAGACCGGGUUAUCCUAGUCCGAGGUCCAGCGAAGGAUUUUAUCCCAGCCCACAGCACAUGGUACAAACCAAUCAUUACCAGGUUUCUGGCUACCCUGGUUCACAUGGAAUCACAGCCAUGGCUGGCAGCAUCUAUCCAGGUCAGGCAUCUCUUUUGGACCAAACAGAUUCAUGGAAUCAUAGACCUCAGGAGAUAGCAAUGUGGCAGCCCAAUGUGGAGGACUCUACAGUAUUGGACCUGCGAGGGAUUGGGCAAGUGUUGCCAACCCAUCUGAUGGAAGAGCGGCUAAUCCGACAGCAACAGGAAAUGGAAGAAGAUCAGCGCUGGCUGGAAAAAGAGGAAAGAUUUCUGAAACCUGAUGUGAGACUCUCUCGAGGCAGUAUUGACAGGGAGGAUGGAAGUCUUCAGGGUCCGAUUGGAAACCAACAUAUAUAUCAGCCUGUGGGUAAACCAGAUCCUGCAGCUCCACCAAAGAAACCGCCUCGCCCUGGAGCUCCCGGUCAUCUGGGAAGCCUUGCCAGCCUCAGCAGCCCUGCUGACAGCUACAACGAGGGUGUCAAGCUUGAUUGUGGUGAUCUCACGCCAUCUGCUGGAGAGCAGAAAAAUGACUGGCUUCUGUGUUGUCAGCUUCAGCCCCAGGAAAUCAGCCCCCCUCCUACUGCCAACCUGGACCGGUCGAAUGAUAAGGUGUACGAGAAUGUGACGGGCCUGGUGAAAGCUGUCAUCGAGAUGUCCAGUAAAAUCCAGCCAGCCCCACCAGAGGAGUAUGUCCCUAUGGUGAAGGAAGUCGGCUUGGCCCUGAGGACGUUAUUGGCCACUGUGGAUGAGACCAUUCCCCUCCUACCAGCCAGCACCCACCGAGAGAUUGAGAUGGCACAGAAACUAUUGAACUCUGACCUGGGUGAGCUCAUCAACAAGAUGAAACUGGCCCAGCAGUAUGUCAUGACCAGCCUCCAGCAAGAGUACAAAAAGCAAAUGCUGACUGCUGCUCACGCCCUGGCUGUGGAUGCCAAAAACUUACUCGAUGUCAUUGACCAAGCAAGACUGAAAAUGCUUGGGCAGACGAGACCACACUGAGCCUCCCCUAGGAGCACAUCUUGCUACCCUCUUUUGAAGAUGCUCUCUAGCCUUCCACCAGCAGCGAGGAAUUAACCCUGUGUCCUCAGUCGCCAGCACUUACAGCUCCAACUUUUUUGAAUGACCAUCUGGUUGAAAAAUCUUUCUCAUAUAAGUUUAACCACACUUUGAUUUGGGUUCAUUUUUUGUUUUGUUUUUUUCAAUCAUGAUAUUCAGAAAAGUCCAGGAUCCAAAAUGUGGCGUUUUUCUAAGAAUGAAAAUUAUAUGUAAGCUUUUAAGCAUCAUGAAGAACAAUUUAUGUUCACAUUAAGAUACGUUCUAAAGGGGGAUGGCCAAGGGGUGACAUCUUAAUUCCUAAACUACCUUAGCUGCAUAGUGGAAGAGGAGAGCAUGAAGCAAAGAAUUCCAGGAAACCCAAGAGGCUGAGAAUUCUUUUGUCUACCAUAGAAUUAUUAUCCAGACUGGAAUUUUUGUUUGUUAGAACACCCUUCAGUUGCAAUAUGCUAAUCCCACUUUACAAAGAAUAUAAAAGCUAUAUUUUGAAGACUUGAGUUAUUUCAGAAAAAACUACAGCCCUUUUUGUCUUACCUGCCUUUUACUUUUGUGUGGAUAUGUGAAGCAUUGGGUUGGGAACUAGCUGUAGAACACAACUAAAAACUCAUGUCUUUUUUCACAGAAUAAUGUGCCAGUUUUUUGUAGCAAUGUUAUUUCUCUUGGAAGCAGAAAUGCUUUGUACCAGAGCACCUCCAAACUGCAUUGAGGAGAAGUUCCAGAACCAUCCCCUUUUUCCAUUUUUAUAUAAUUUAUAAAGAAAGAUUAAAGCCAUGUUGACUAUUUUACAGCCACUGGAGUUAACUAACCCUUCCUUGUAAUCUGUCUUCCCAGGAGAGAAUGAAGCAAAACAGGAAUUUGGUUUUCUUUUGAUGUCCAGUUACACCAUCCAUUCUGUUAAUUUUGAAAAAAUAUACCCUCCCUUUAGUUUGUUGGGGGAUAUAAAUUAUUCUCAGGAAGAAUAUAAUGAACUGUACAGUUACUUUGACCUAUUAAAAAGGUGUUACCAGUAAA